GUAGCUCCGUUUAUUCAGCGGUUUAAAAGCUUGUUACGUAAAUAGGUGUUUUUCGUCAAGCGUAUUCUCUUUUAUCGGUCUUUUGUCUUUGGCCAGACAGGGUGCCAGUACGCAUGCGCAGUUGGUAGGUUUUCUGACGUGAAAGUAGCCAUAGAAUCGCCAUUUUCAAAACGCCGAAGCUUUAUUGCGCUGUGAAAACACAGUUGUUUGUCAUUUGAGUUUAAAUAAAGAGACGGAUAAUUUGAAUUACGUUAAAGACGGCUUGCAGAGAGCCAUGGAGCUUCCUAACUACAGCAGACAGCUGAUGCAGCAGUUGCUCUCCCUGAGGAAAGAGGGACAGUUUUGUGACUGCACCAUCAUGGUGGGAGACAACCCCCACCAAGCCCACAAACUGGUCCUGGCUGCAGCCAGUCUACUCUUCAGGUCUCUAUUGGAGGGCUCUGACAGCAUCUCCAUAGACACAACUGUGGUCUCGAACCAGGAGUUCUCCUGCCUUCUGGACAUGGUGUACAGCGGAAAACUGCCGCCGGGAAAACACAACUUCACCCGCAUCAUCGCAGCUGCAGACAGCCUGCAGAUGUUUGAUGUAGCGGUGGGCUGCAAGAACAUCCUCACCAGUCUGAUGAAGCGGUCAACUACCACCUCACCCUCAACCACGUCGGUCACCAUCCAGCCACAAGCUACGAAUCUCCAGAGCCAGGGGGCUGAGAUGAUAACCUCUUCUAAAAAGGUUGCCCCUUCCCUAGCUAAGGAUGAGGCCACGGUUGGCCCCUCUGGAGCUCAGAUGAAAAGGGAGCAGGAGAAGGUGGAGGAAGGUGGGGCUUCAGUCGGGGGAGUAGAUAAGGACCCUCAGGAGGUGGCCAAGGAAGAAAAUGAUGUAUCCGCUUGUAAAAGACCACGACUACAACUCCCAGAAUGCACAGGACCUGACGAGUCAAAUGCCCAGAGCAGCGUGUCUCCAGUUGGGGAGACCACAUUGAGUGAGUCUGUAGAGGAGAAGGUCCAGCCGAGUGUGUCGGCAGGGGAUGGGAAUGGAUCCAGCAUCUUUCUGGAGCGCAACUUUGAGCUGAUGGAGCUUCUCACUGAGCUGCCUUCCAUCGCUGGGCUCCUGGCCCAGGCAGCCAGGACCUGUCUGGGGGAGGACGAGAGAGAAGUAGUGUGUAAGUGCUGUGAGAUUGGAGACCCGGGUCUGACUGUACAGACGCUGAUGGGGCAGGUCAAAGAGGGGGCUGUGAGUGAGGAGGGCCUAGAGUCCCUGCUCUACACCAUCCAGGAGAUGGCCCCCACUCCCUCCCUCCGACUGAGCCAGCUGCUGGUGGGGAGAGCUGGCGCACUGGACGCUGGAGACUCAGAGGUGGGAUCACAGGAGACCCAACCCUGUUCCUCCAGCACUGCAGACGAUGGCACCAACGAGGAAGAGGAAGGCAAGGAGAACAAAGCAGAAGACAGUGUUGAGAGAGACAACGGGGAACCGGCAGAUGACGAGGAUGACGGAGUGAGGAAAACCAAGGCCAAAGCGAAAGCCACCUCCUCCCAGCCCUACUCCUGUCGCUGGUGCUCCAAGGCCUUCGCCUACAAGUGUCGUCUGUUGGCCCACACCAAGAGCUGCUGCCUGAACCAGGAGGCCAAACAGCGGUGCCCGCACUGCCCAGAGGUGCUGCCCACUGUGCGGGCACUGCAGCGUCACAGCGCCCACGCUCACCCCGAGGCCGCCUGUGCCAAGAGGAAGGUGGUGUGCGACCUGUGUGGCAGGACCUUUGCCCACCCCUCAGGUAUGCUUUACCACAAGCGCACAGAACACUUUGAGGAGAAGCCAUUUGCAUGCGAGGAGUGCGGGGCCAAGUUUGCCGCCAACUCUUCUCUGAAGAACCAUAUGCGUCUGCACACGGGGGAGAAACCCUACCACUGCAAACACUGCGACAUGAGCUUCAGUGUGGCCGCAGCACUGGCGUACCACACCAAGAAGAAGCACUCCGAAGGGAAGAUGUAUUCAUGUCAGUACUGUGAGGCUGUCUUUGCCCAGUCUAUCGAGCUAACGCGUCAUGUGCGAACGCACACUGGAGACAAACCGUACGUGUGCCGCGAGUGUGGAAAAGGCUUCAGUCAGGCCAACGGGCUCUCUGUCCACCUGCAGACCUUCCACAACAUCACAGAGCCCUAUGACUGUCAGAAGUGUCGUCUGAGCUUCCCCUCUCUUGAGGAUCACAGGAAGCACAUCCAGGAGAGCCACCCUAAGGAGUUCCACCAGUGUCUCCUCUGCCAGAAGACAUUCAGUAGCGCCGCCCUGCUGGACAAACACAAGGCCAGCCACACGGGCAGCAAACCUUUCAGCUGCAAAAUCUGCCAGAAGUCCUACCAGCAACUGUCAGGCCUGUGGUACCACAACAGGACCACUCAUCCGGAGGUGUUUGCGGGUCAGAGCCACAAGCAGCUAAAGACGCUGGUCCAGUGCAGCACCUGCCCCCGUUUCUUCCCCAGCCCGGGCAGCCUGGCCAAACACACGAGGGCCGAUCACCCAGGCGUGACUGAUGCUGACGGGCUGGUGAUUGGAUGUGACUUAUCUUCAGACUCCAGCGCGGUGAAGUGCCCGUACUGCCCUGCUCUGUUCCCCAGCGAGGAGGAAAUGCAGGAGCACGCCAGCAGUGAACACUUCAGCCAGGAGGGGGCAGCAUUCGGCUGCUCUCUGUGCCCCCUGGUGUGCCCCUCUCAGCUGCAACUCCAGGAGCACUUCCUCUCCUGCCACAUAGGGGCGCUACAGGACGGAGAAGAGGAGGCCUCCACAUCUCAGACAAUAAAAGAACGGGAAGAUGAUACCGAGCAUCAGGGGAUCUCUUUAGACCAAUCCCAGAUGGGCGGGUCCCCGCGGCAGGUGUACGUUGCCCUGGGAGACGGGGAGGGUGGCGAGACCCCAACAGAGGUGCUGGCUGUCAACGUGGAGGACCUGCUCAAUGGAACAGUCACUUUCAUCUGCAGGGAUGGCCAGUGACCCUUGAACUUUGACCCUAAGCUCUGACUGAACAGUGUUUGUCGUCAGAGACGCGUGCCCCAUCACAAUCCUCAUGGGAGGGUUCCUUCCUUGAGAUCACCACAGAUAUUAUGAAUGGAUCGGUGGAAUCCUGCUUGAAUACACAGCUUUUACCAAGCCACUGAUACCUCUUUGGUUAUUUUCCAAGGAAAUAUAAACCAAUCUGAGAACAUUUGACCACUGACAGUCGCUAUUACAAGAAUAACCUUCUUCAAUCUUUCAGACAUCAUUGUACAGUAUUUAUGAAGCUAUGGUAUUGUGUGAGAGGGAAGCAUGUGUGUCUAAUAAACUUGAUAAUAUUUCUAAAACACUGCUGGGUGCUGUACCAGUUAGCGUUCUAAAUUUUGAUUUUGGAAGAUACAGCAAUCAUUCACUGUGUAAAACUGUGGCCCACUGACGGGCGGACUGGCCAUCGGGAAUACCGAGGGAAAAAAACAUA